AAGCCAAAAAAAGAAAAGUCUGCCAAGUAAGAAAAGAAUGGAGGAGAUUUUAGCGACCAUAGCCAUCGCACUAGCAGCCACGAUCUUCAUCGUUCUGUCAUUCUCAAUCUACCUAACGAUCAGAAUCUUCACCGGAAAGUCUAUACGCAACAAGGCCUACUCUCCAGUGCACGCCACGGUCUUUGACCUCUUAUUCCACAGCCAAGAGUUAUACGAUUACCAGACGGAGCUCGCUACGAAGAAGCCAACCUUCAGGUUCUUGAGUCCCGGACAGAGCGAGAUAUUCACUGCAGAUGCUCGCAACGUGGAGCAUAUUCUCAAGACAAGAUUCGAUAACUACAGCAAAGGACACAGCAGUCGUGAGAAUCUUGCGGAUCUUUUGGGACGUGGUAUCUUCGCUGUUGAUGGAGAUAAAUGGAGACAGCAGAGAAAGCUCGCGAGCUUUGAGUUCUCUACCAGAGUUUUGAGAGACUUUAGCUGCUCUGUUUUUAGGACAAAUGCAUGUAAACUUGUUGGUUUUGUCUCUGAAUUUGCUCUCUCUGGAAAAUCAUUUGAUGCUCAAGAUAUGUUGAUGAGAUAUACACUGGAGUCUAUCUUCAAAGUAGGGUUUGGUGUGGAGUUAAAAUGUUUGGAUGGGUUUAGCAAAGAAGGGGAAGAGUUCAUGGAAGGUUUUGAUGAAGGUAACGUUGCAACUAGUUUACGAUUCAUCGAUCCUCUCUGGAAGCUGAAACGGUUUCUCAACAUCGGAUCACAAUCAAGACUCAAGAAGAGUAUUGAUACUAUAGACAAGUUUGUCUACAGACUCAUUACCACUAAAAGAGAAGAGCUUGCCAAGGAACAAAACACUGCUGUUAGAGAGGAUAUACUAGCAAGAUUUCUAGUGGAGAGUGAGAAAGAUCCGGAGAACAUGAAUGAUAAGUACUUGAGGGAUAUAAUCUUGAACUUUAUGAUUGCUGGAAAGGAUACAACCGCUGCGUCUCUCUCUUGGUUCUUGUACAUGCUCUGCAAGAACCCACUUGUUCAGGAGAAAAUCUUACAAGAGAUCAGAGAUGUGACAUCAAGUCACGAGAGAACAACCGAUGUAAGCGGUUUUGUUCAAAGUAUAAAUGAAGAGGCUCUUGAUCAGAUGCAGUAUCUCCAUGCAGCCUUGUCUGAGACCUUGAGGCUUUACCCUCCUGUGCCUGUGGACAUGAGGUGUGCAGAGAAUGAUGACAUACUCGCAGAUGGACAUAGAGUGAAGAGAGGGGAUAAUGUCUACUACAUGGCCUAUGCAAUGGGAAGGAUGACUUAUGUAUGGGGACAAGAUGCUGAGGAGUUCAAGCCAGAGAGAUGGCUUAAGGAUGGCAAGUUCCAACCAGAAUCACCCUUCAAAUUCAUAAGCUUUCAUGCUGGUCCAAGAAUCUGUCUUGGCAAGGAUUUCGCAUACCGGCAAAUGAAGAUAGUAUCAAUGGCACUUCUUCACUUCUUUCGCUUCAAAAUGGCUGAUGAGAAGAGUAACGUGCGUUACAAGAGAAUGCUUCCGCUUCAUAUUGAAGGAGGACUCCAUCUCCAUGCAAUCCCAAGGACAAGCACUUGAUUUCCUUGAUGAAACAACUCUUUUGAGAUAUUUUCACCGAAACCUCAUAUGAGGUAUGCUUUGAUUUUGCAUGUAUGCAAAGAAGAAUGAAUUUCCUUGAUGAAAAUUAUGAGAGUUGUUUUCCUACGAAGAAAGAACCUAAUUUUUUAUGAAAAA